CAAGGAACAGCGUGUGCUUGAUUAGAGUUGCAUAAAUAGUUGAAUCACAUGAGGCUGAACAAUGGUGUGGCACCUGAGAAGCUACUGGCAUCGCAUCAUGGCUUCCUCUCUACAUCUUCUCUGUCUGGGAUCUCUCAUAGCUUUAUCCAAUGGUCAAUUUGAUCCAUUAACGUCUGCUCUAACAGCAUCAACAGCACUGGCAUCAUUAGCUCCAUCAGUCACAUAUCAAGUGACAAAACCCAUCCUAACUGGGGUACUGGGAGCAACUCUAGGAGGAUUUGGAGCAUCAGGUUCAUUGGCUGGAUCAGCAGCAGGAAGUGGAGCUGGUGGCUAUGGAGGUUCUGGAGGAUACUCUGGAGCUGGAGCUGGAGCAUCAGCUGGGUCAGUAGCAGGUAGUGGAGGUGGAGGAUAUGGAGGAUCAGGAGGAUACUCGGGUGCAGGUUCUACAGCUGGAGCACUUUCAGGCAGUGGAGCUGGAGGAUAUGGAGGAUCAGGAGGAUAUUCUGGUGCAGGAUCAGCUGCAGGAGCUUCAGCUGGAUCACUUGCAGGUAGUGGAGCUGGAGGAUAUGGAGGAUCAGGAGGAUACUCUGGUGCAGGUUCUACAGCUGGAGCACUUUCGGGAAGUGGAGCUGGAGGAUAUGGAGGAUCAGGAGGAUACUCUGGUGCAGGUUCUACAGCUGGAGCACUUACAGGAAGUGGAGCUGGAGGAUAUGGAGGAUCAGGUGGCUAUUCAGGGGCUGGUUCAACAGCUGGAUCAGUAGCAGGCAGUGGAUCUGGUGGUUAUGGAGGAUCAGGUGGAUACUCUGGAGCUGGUUCUGCUGCGAAUUCAGCAGCUGGAUCUAUCUCAGCUGGUGGAUCACGCCCAACAGGAUAUACUAGCUCUGGUGGCUAUGCAGGAUCUGGAUCAACUGCUGGAUCCCUUGCAGGAAGUGGUGCAGGAGGUUAUGGUGGAUCAGGAGGAUAUUCUGGUGCAGGGUCAGUUGCUGGAGCAUCAGCUGGAUCACUAGCAGGUAGUGGAACUGGUGGUUAUGGAGGAUCAGGUGGCUACUCAGGGGCUGGUUCAACAGCUGGAUCAGUAGCAGGCAGUGGAGCUGGAGGUUAUGGAGGAUCGGGUGGAUACUCUGGAGCAGGCUCUGCUGCGAAUGCUGCUGCUGGAUCUAUCUCAGCUGGUGGAUCACGACCAACAGGAUAUACUGGCACUGGAGGUUAUGCAGGAUCUGGAUCCUCAGCUGGGUCAGCUGCUGGGUCCAUUGCAGGGAGUGGUACAGGAGGUUAUGGUGGAUCAGGUGGAUAUUCUGGUGUAGGUUCAACUGCUGGAGCAACAGCUGGAUCACUAGCCGGUAGUGGAACUGGUAGUUAUGGAGGAUCAGGUGGCUACUCAGGUGCUGGUUCUGCAGCUGGUUCAGUAGCAGGCAGUGGAGCUGGUGGUUAUGGAGGAUCUGGAGGAUACUCUGGAGCUGGUUCUGCUGCAAAUUCUGCAGCUGGAUCUCUUGCAGGAAGUGGAUCAGGAGGGUAUGGAGGAUCAGGUGGCUAUUCAGGGGCUGGUUCAACAGCUGGAUCAGUAGCAGGCAGUGGAACUGGUGGUUAUGGAGGAUCAGGUGGAUACUCUGGAGCUGGUUCUGCUGCAAAUUCAGCAGCUGGAUCUAUCUCAGCUAGUGGAUCACGCCCAACAGGAUAUACUGGCUCUGGGGGUUAUGCAGGAUCUGGAUCCACAGCUGGGGCAGCCGCUGGAUCACUUACUGGAAGUGGCACAGGAGGUUAUGGUGGAUCAGGAGGCUAUUCAGGAGCAGGUUCAGCUGCUGGAGCAAAUGCAGCAGCUGGCUCAGUUGCAGGUGGGGGAUCAGGAGGAUAUGGUGGAUCAGGUGGAUAUUCUGGAGCUGGUUCAGCUGCAAAUGCUGCUGCUGGAUCAAUCUCAGCUGGUGGAGCACGGCCAACUGGAUAUACUGGUUCUGGUGGCUAUUCUGGAGCAGGGUCAACAGCAGGGUCAAUAGCAGGAUCACUUUCAGGCAGUGGAUCAGGUGGCUAUGGAGGUUCUGGAGGGUACUCUGGUGCUGGUUCUGCAGCAAGUGCAGCUGCUGGAUCUGCAGCUGGUGGAUCUCGGCCCACUGGAUAUACUGGAUCUGGUGGCUAUUCAGGUGCAGGCUCAACAGCUGGAUCUCUUGCAGGUGGUGGAGCUGGUGGCUAUGGAGGCUCUGGAGGAUAUUCUGGAGCUGGUUCUGCUGCUGGGGCUCUAGCAGGUGCUGGAUCUGGUGGCUAUGGAGGCUCUGGAGGAUAUUCUGGAGCAGGUUCUACUGCUGGGGCUUCAGCAGGUGCUGGAUCUGGUGGCUAUGGAGGCUCUGGAGGAUAUUCUGGAGCAGGGUCUUCAGCAGGAGCACUAGCAGGAAGUGGUUCAGGAGGAUAUGGUGGCUCAGGAAGUUAUUCAGGAUCGGGUGCCUCAGCUGGUUCACUGAGUGGUAGUGGAUCUCGUCCUGCAGGCUACAAUGGGUCUGGUUCAGGAGCCGGUGCCUAUUCAGGUUCAGCCUCUUUGGGUGGUGCUCAAGGUGGUCUGGGCCUAGGUGUGAGUAAUGCUUUGAGUUCUGCAACUUCUGGUAGCUUUGGAGCUACUUGGGGUUGAUAACCUUCCAUCCAUUUGCAAUUGACAUAUUAAAUCCAAAUAUUUUUAUCCAUCACCUUCAUAUAGAGUCAAUUGGCUAUUUCAUAUUUCCAAUUAUUCUUCUCUGAAAUUGAAUUUUAUGGUAACAAAGUGGAACACCUCUCACUGGUAGCAGAAUCACAGUCUAUUGUUAUAGUAUUGUAUUGUUAAUAGACAAUAAAUCCUUUUUUUGUUUUAA